GGGGAGUAAGGCGUGUGGAGCCCUUAUGCUUCACGUCAGCACAAAGCGCCUUGUGCUGAAACUUCCCAACUAACUUGCAUUGUUUAAAGCCCACCGAAAUCGUCUCUUUUAAAUGUUUGGGAGGUUUUGGGGGUGGGAAAAUAAUUGGCUUUUCUUGUUUCUUUGUAUGGUGUUGUUUUAAGGUUGAAGAUUGAUGGGUGUUCUUGAUUUUCACAUGGGUUUGCAGUUGUAAACACUUGAGUUCCCUCUUCAUUUUAGAGAGAACUCCUUUGUAGAUUGAGCUAUUUGAGUCAUGGAGGCUAAAGAAAUUAUUGAAGAAAAACAAGAACUUGCAUUGGCGCUUCCCUUACCUUCCACCAUUGCAGUGGCUAUCAAUGGAAAGAAAAAAAGCAAAUAUGUUGUUAGGUGGGCAUUAGAGAAGUUUGUUCCCGAGGGAUUGCAUAUGUUCAAGAUGUUACAUGUCCGUCCGAAGAUAACCUCAGUCCCUACGCCGAUGGGAAAUUCGAUUCCUCUUUCACAAGUGCGAGAUGAUGUAGCAGCUGCUUACCUGGAAGAAAUGGGAUGGCAGACAAGUGAAAUGCUUCUUCCUUACAAGACAAUGUUUUUGCAUAAAAAGGUGCAAGUGGAUGUUGUUGUGAUUGAAUCAGAUGAUGUUGCAAAGGCAAUAGCAGAGGAGAUAGCAAAAAGCACUAUCCAUAAGCUUGUUAUUGGGGCUUCAUCUAGUGGCAUGUUUUCAAGGAAAGUUAAGGGACAAAGUCUGUCUUUGAGAAUCUCAGAAUGCACUCCAAGCUUCUGUACAGUCUAUACUGUUUCAAAAGGACAAUUAUCCUCUGUGCGCCCGUCGGAUUCAGAUAAAAAUGGAAGCAUUAAAGAGGACAGUAGUGAUGCAAGUUCUACCACCAGUUCUUCAAGUCACACUUCCAGCCCACAUGCAGGUUCUGCAGCUUCAUAUUCUCAUUUUCAUUCUCCUUCACUACCAAUGCAACGCUUUCAAGCUCUUUCAACUAUUAACCGGACCCUUCUCCAUACAAGAACAGGUUCAAUUGAAACCAACUCUUCUAGACGUCAAUCUCUGGAUAUCAGGGAAGAGGAGAGUUUUAUGAGUCCAUGCCCCAGUAAUUCAGAUAUUGGUUAUGCACCUAGUCAGGUUUCUAGUGCUAGAAGCUUCUUGACAGACGAUCAAUCAUGGAUUUCUGAUCAAGCUUCCACCUCAGAUGCUUUUACAGAGUCCUCGUCAGGAAGUCAGGUGAAUAUAAAUUUUGAGCUAGAAAAACUGAGAGUUGAACUUAGACAUGUCCGAGGGAUAUAUGCAAUGGCUCAAAGUGAGAACAUUGAUGCUUCUCGGAAGCUAAACGAUCUAAGCAAGCGCCGAUUGGAGGAAGCAGAUAAGCUUAAGGAAAUUAAACUCAAGGAGGAGGAAGCCAGAGAAUUAGCAAGAAAAGAGAAGGAGAAAUAUGAAGCUGCAAAAAGGGAAGCCGAGUACGCAAGGGAAUGUGCUGAAAAAGAAGCGUUACAAAGGAAAGAAGCAGAGAUCAAAGCCUUGCAUGAUGUCAAAGAGAAAGAAAAGCUUGAAAAUGCACUUGUUGGUCCAGUGCAGUCAUAUCAGGAGUUCACAUGGGAAGAAAUUGUGUCUGCUACCUCAUCAUUCUCUGAAAACCUUCAGAUUGGGAAGGGGGCGCAUGGAACUGUCUACAGGUGCAAUCUGCAUCAUACAACUGCAGCAGUGAAAGUUCUCCACUCAAAGGAGGGUCAUAGAACCAAGGAAUUCCAGCAGGAGCUUGAUGUAUUAAGUAAAAUUCGUCAUCCUCAUCUGCUGCUUCUUCUAGGCGCCUGUUCUGAUCAUGGUUGCCUAGUGUAUGAGUACAUGGAAAAUGGUAGCUUGGAAGAGAGGUUGCUGCAGAAAUAUAAUACAGCCCCAAUUCCAUGGUUUGAGAGAUACCGAAUUGCUUGGGAAGUAGCCUCAACCCUUGUCUUUCUUCACAACUCAAAGCCUAAAUCAAUCAUCCAUCGUGAUCUGAAACCAGCAAACAUCUUGCUUGAUCAUAACUUGGUGAGCAAGAUCGGUGAUGUUGGCCUUUCAACAAUGCUUAAUCUGGACUCUUCUAUAUGCAACAUAAACACAGGUCCUGUUGGAACACUUUGCUACAUAGAUCCUGAAUAUCAACGGACUGGUUUAGUCUCUCCAAAAUCCGAUGUUUAUGCUUUUGGGAUGGUGGUUUUGCAGUUGCUGACUGCAAAACCAGCAAUAGCACUAGCCCACCUGGUGGAAACAGCAAUUCAAGAUGACCAACUAAUGAAGAUUUUGGACCCAAUGGCUGGGCAAUGGCCAAUGAAAGAAACAAAAGAAUUGGCUCUAUUAGGAUUAAGCUGUCUAGAGCUUCGCCGAAGAGACAGGCCCGAUUUAAAAGAUGAGGUACUCCCUGCACUGGAGCGAUUAAAAGAUGCUGCUGACAGGUCCCGAGAUUCAGCUCCCAAGGUUCAGUUGGCACCUCCUAACCAUUUUGUCUGCCCAAUACUUAAGGAUGUAAUGCAUGACCCUUGUGUUGCUGCGGAUGGAUACACCUAUGACCGAAGAGCAAUAGAGAAAUGGGUGGAAGAGAAUGACAACUCGCCCAUGACAAAUUUGGCUUUGCCAAAUAAGAAUCUAAUACCCAAUUACACACUUCUUUCUGCAAUUAUGGAAUGGAAGUCCCAAAGCAACCAAUAAUUUUUGGAAGUUUUAGAGUCUGUUGAAGUGAUUCUAGGAAGCACUUUUAGCUUUAAAAAGUGUUUUUAAAAAAAGGUCAGAUAUCUGACAAAAUUUAGGAAACACUUUUAAAAAUUUGAAAAAUUAUUAUUAGUGUUAGAAAUCACUUGCAAUGUUUUGUAGAAAAACAUUUAAUAAGUGGUUGUUUUGGAAACACUUAUAGAGAAAAUAUUUCCAUAAAAAAUACGAAAGGUAUUUUUAGUUGCUA